GCGGUCUGAGUCACUGCUGUGGGAACACGGAGCGGAGAAUUAAGGUGAAGUUGAAAACGGAUGCUACUCCCUCCUAUCAUUGGCCUUCUGAAAAUGGCAACCUGAGUGACACCCAUCCUCUAAGGAAGACCAGAGAAUGAAAACCCGGGCUGUCUUAUUUCGAAGCACCAGGUUCUUGAUUUUCCACAAUAGGUGAACCCCAACAAGUGAGUGUGCUUCCACCCCCCCCCCCCAAUGCAGUACAUCAAGGAAUACACAGAUGAAAAUAUUCAGGAAGGCUUAGCUCCUAAGCCUCCGCCUCCAAUUAAAGACAGCUAUAUGAUGUUUGUUUGGCAAUCAGUUCCAGUGUGACGAUCUUAUCAUCCGCCUUUUGGAAAGCCAGGGUAUUGAAUGGCUUCAUCCUAUGUAGUUCGAUCACAAAAAGGAACUGAGAAAACUCAACAUGUCCAUCCUUAUUAAUUUCUUGGACCUUCUAGACAUCUUGAUAAGGAGCUGUGGGAGCAUCAAACAAGAAGAGAAACUAGAGGAUCUUAAGCUGCUUUUUGUACACGUGCAUCACCUUAUCAAUGAAUACCGACCCCACCAGGCAGGAGAGACCCUGAGGGUCAUGAUGGAGGUCCAGAAACGGCAACGGCUUGAAAUGGCCGAGAGGUUUCAGAAGCACCUGGAACGAGUUAUUGAGAUGAUUCAGAACUGUUUGGCUUCUUUGCCUGAUGAUCUGCCCCAUUCGGAAGCAGGAAUGAGAGUAAAAACUGAACCAAUGGAUGCUGAUGAUGGCAACAACUGUACCGGACAGAGUGAGCAGCAGAGAGAGAGCUCGGGACAGAGGAGGGACCAGAUCAUAGAGAAAGAUGCUGCCUUGUGUGUCCUGAUCAAUGAGAUGAAUGAAAGACCAUGAAAGGGUUUCCUAGUGUCAGACAGGAGUUUAUUUUCUUUUUGAUAGUCUUAAAAAGAGAUAUAACUAAAAGUAAUGGAGGGAUUUUUUUAACUUUCAACUUUUUAAUUAAGAGAUGCUAUAGGUUAUAUUGUAUUGUAAAAUGAGCAUAGAUGGGUGAGCAUACCUACAUUAAA